AAAAGUGCGCGUCGUGUUGUUACAAAAAAAAGGUAAUGUUGUUGUAAUGCGGUUUUAUUUUUAAAUUUUAUUUACCAUUGACAAAUAUUUACGCGUUCCUUGUAAUGAAAAAUAAAUUAAUAAAAGUUAAUAAUAAUAAAAAAAGAAAAAAAAACAAGAAUUGUUGUGCAAUUGUAACUUCGAGAAUUUCUUCUUCGAUCGAAGAAGGUGAGGAAAUAAGUCAAAGCGUGCACGUAGAAGUAAGGGAAAGGAGGAAUCGAGGUAAGAACGUUUUGGCAUAGGGUGUUUUCCGCCACGGUGGUGGUAAUAUGCGCCGACUUUGGGGUGGGGGCUUCUUUCGAAGGCUUAAAAGGCCUACCAACGUCCUUGCAACACGCAGUCUACGAAUCAGAGCUAAUACCGUGCCGACUCUGACUUCUUCCUAUGUUAAAGGAAAAAUUCCUGUGAAAGCUUUUCCAUCAUAUUUACGUUUCCUGAAAAAUAGUGGAACACGCCAAAGGAAAAAGUUUUGUCGUAUGAGAGAGUUUGUUCUCCUCGUCGAUAAAGAAAAUUUUCACGACAAAAAUAUAUACUUUGAUAGCUAUAUUAUAUAAAGGGAGAAAACGAAAGGAAAGAAAAAAAAAAAUAAUAAAUUGACAAAUAAAAAAUAUAUCAAAAAACAAGUGAUUUUUCUUUUUUUUUUUUUUUAACUUUCUUUCACAUUCCACAUUGUUUUCCAUUUGAGCCAAUUAAAAGAUUUAUCUGUUGUCGCGCAAAGUGUUAUAUUGUAUCUUUAACGUGGUAGAAAGUGAUAAUUAAAAGAUAAUUCGAAGAAAAAACAAACAAACAAAAGAAAAGAAAACGGGGGAACUGUUUUAUAUUUUUUGGAGAAGAAAAAUAUUUAUUUCUAAUUAAUAAAAUAUGAAGGAGAAGACGAGUUUUUGGAUUUGUUCGUUGGGUCUUAUCGUUAUUUUCGCUAUUUUACCAUCCAUGAGUCAUGCGCUGACAACUUUUGGAAAGACUAAUCCACAAAAUCAAAAUCAAAAUCCACCGCCGCCUCCUACUCCGGUUGGAAAAGCGCGAGAAUGUAGAAUGGAAUCGGACUGUGCUGGAAUUCAAAACACUACGUGCUUGGCCGAUCAACGGGAUGGAAGGACUCGUUGUCUUUGUGGUGAUUAUAAUGCACCAGUAAACGGUGCUUGCACCAACAAAUACAAAGCUAUCAGAGCACCGUGCAACGAUGAUAGCGAAUGCAUCGAAGGUGCGCAUUGUAUUGUUAAAUUAAAUAACACUACUUCCGGGAAACGCUGUUAUUGUCGCGAGGGAUACGUCGAGGAUAAUUUGAUGUGCAGCGGUAGUUCAUCAAUCCUCACUAAUAUUUCCUGGAUACUGUUCCCGGUAUUAACGGUCUUCUUAGGAAGGAUUAAUUACUUAUAAAUCCUCCAAUAUAUUUCAAUGAAAUAUCUCUUUUUGAAAAUGUCAUUAUUUCAACAAAUCUUUAUUAUCCUUAUGUACAAUGAACCCUUGUAUGACUAUUAAUAAUUUCGAUAGCGACGAACUUAGUGAUCAGACGAAUUUUAUCUUUUUUCUUUUUUCUUUUUCUUUUUUAAAUUAGAACACUCGAGAAUAAAAAAAUACUAAAAUAUCUUAAAUGCUAGGUGCCUUCUUCUACGUGUACUUUCAACGUAUAGAAAUAUUUUCUGAUAACAUCUUUUCAUUCGAUUCAAUUUACGUAAUAAGACAAUAUAUAGAGUUUGAUUUUUUUUUUUUAUUCUUACUGGAUAUACAUAACUAUAAUAUGUGUGUUUUAUUACGUAUCUAGUUUUACAAUAGAAGAAUCGUAUCAUUGUCGAUUACAAGAAGAAAUGAUAAAACAAUGCACCAUAAUUCUAUGUUUAAAAAAAAAUACGAUACUUUGAUUUAUCGCGUUCGUUUGCAUUAAUAAUAAACAACGAAUUCUCGAUUAAGUAUAAAUUCAUUAGUAUACAUGUUGAAAGUCACUAUGCGUGAAUCGUACGAUGCACAAUCGUAUUUGUUCUUAUUAUCAGUAUAUCAAAGUUUGUUCACGAAUUCAUUGGAAUAUCGUAACGUAUAAUAAGAUAUAGAUAUUAUAUAAUAUACUGGUUGGCUCAGUUUUUUUUCCCGUAAAAUUUAGUCAACAUAUUGUAUAUGAAAAAAAUAUGGUGUAGACUCUGCAAGUCAACAACACAAGUUAAAAUUUAUUGGCGUGAUAAAUCUGUUUCUGAAUCUGGGGGCCAAGGAAUUGGUCCUUCGAUUGAUUUAUUUAUUGUUUGGGAUAAUGAUCAUUUAAUUAUUGCCAUAUAGGGGUACCACAUAAUGCAAUAAAUAUUUUAAAUGUUCUGGCUGCAAUUCGUUUAAUAGAAAAUCUAAAAAAAACUAUGAACCUGUGAGCUCUGAAUAUAUUAUUGUUGCAUGUUCCAAUAAAUCUUGACUAUGUGUUCUUAUGUUGUAUCGACGAAACACCAUAUGAUAUUUAUCCGAUAUCGUUCAUAUGGAUAUUUUUGUUAGAAUUGUUUAAUUAUGCAUUUAAGAGCUCAUGUUUGGAUAACGUCGUUUUCUUAUAUUUUUAUUUAUAAAAUAUUUUGGUAAAAUGUUUGUUACGGAAAAUAACUGGGACACACCCUUUAAAUCUUGAUUUUUUAAUAAAUACAUGAUUCUCUCCAGACUGUAUUUUAAGUAUAUAGUAAUAUUUGUAAUUUAUAUUUCUCUACUAUGAUGUGCAAUUUAUUUAAAGUAUGGCAUAUUAAUUAGGCUUGAUUAGUAUAAGAUUAGUAAAUACGUCUGUGAAAUUGUAUUGAAAAUUUAAUCUAGAUGUAAAUGAUUCUCGAUCUAUGAAUAUUUAGAAGAAAAUCUCUGGAGUACAUUAACACUGAAUAACAGUACAACGUGUAUUUGAAAUCUUAUUCUUUAUUUAGAAUUAGUAGUAGAACGUGGAGUCUGCAUAUGCCAAUGAUGCCUUAAUGUACCAAAGAUAUUGCACUAGAGGAAUAACGUUAAUUAUCUUUAAGCUAAUUGCAUAUAUA